AUGGAUAAUGCAGCUUUUCAGCAGUGCAGGUAUGCGAAAGCCACCGCGGGACGCUUGCUGCAUCCGGUCGCCAGUGCUGCAGCCGUAAGCCGUGGCGACCACCACAGAGACACCUUCCAUGAGGCGUGCGCGUCAGAGGAGAUUUUGGAGAUCUUCGGGGCGAAGCUGGGUGAUUGGCUUUUGAUCCUCCCAGCGCUGGCCUUGGACUCGCCCUGCUGGGUCAAACUGGUGGACAGCAAGGAGGUGGUGGCGCUCACCCCGCCACCAUGGCAGAGAAAGGAGCUGCCUUUAAUUCACCUCCCUGCUGGUUUGUUGGAGCUCCUGGGUGCGACUGUGGGCCGCAGCGAGAUCUCCUUGGCCUGGCAGGAGGGCCUCCGGCCCCCGGAGGGGCGCCGCUUGCUGUUAUCCUCGGUCGCCACGUCCAGCUCGUCCAGCUCAUCCUAUCGGGAGGCCGCGCUAAAGAGCUUCUUCCACGUGCCCCGGACCUUGCGGCUGGGGGAGGUCUUCUCAGUGCCGCUGCAUGGCUUGUCCGAGCCGCUGCGGGCGAUCGAAGUAGCCCAGAACCCCAUGGAGAGCCGAGUCUUUCCAGACUUUGAAGCGAUGGAGGAGGAGGAGGUCUACCAGAUAGCUCCACAUUUAGGUUUUCAUGAAGGUUCGGCCGUGGACCCCCUUCACGGCUUCGCUUUCUGCCAGCUGUUCAGCUUUAAGGUGGAGAUGGUGGAGGGUGCCAGCGAAAGUCGGCAUGGCAACCAAAGCUUCCAGAUCAACCAAAGUGCUGAGAUCAUUCUGAAGGGCAGUUGCAAUGCACGGGGCGUCCCUUACAUCAGCAGCCACCUCUUCUGUGAAUCUCCUCCGCCCAUCUUGCCAUCACUGCGGCAGCCGAUGGAACGUUUGCUUGGAAUCUUGGCUCCAGUGGUUCGGUCCUGGCAGCUCCACGGUUGCCAGGAGGCAGCGCCAUCGGUGCUCUCGAUCGGGCCCAGAGGCUGUGGAAAGCGAAUCUUGUGGCACUCAGUCUGUGAACGUUUGGGCCUCCAUUUGCUGGAGGUGAACUGCUCUGAAUUGGCUGGUGGUGCUGGUGCAGAAGCACGAGUACAGGAGCUUACUCAAGAUGCUUCAAAGCUGUCUCCUUGUGUGCUAUGCUUCCGCCGGCUCCAUGCCUUGUCGAAAGCCGGGCCCUCCACAUCACCCGCUGCGACGCUCCUGCAACACCGCCGCGUGGAAGAGUCCUUGAAUGCUGCGCUUCAAGCAGUGAGGAGCCGUUCGGCCCAUCCCUUGGUGUUGCUGGCGGGGUCCUGUGAGGAUUUGGAGGAGAUUGGCGGGCCCUUGAGACAGGUCUUCCGCCUUGAGAUGGAGUUGCCGCGGCCCAGUGAGGCCCAUCGCCUUGCCGUGAUCUCUCGCUUCUUCUCGGCCACAGGCCGAGACGGGCAUUCAAAGCGACACGUGAAGGACGUGAAGGACGUGCCCAAUGGAGAUGGUCACGAAGCACACAGCCUUGGCGAGACCAUGGCCAAGCUCACCGCUGGUCUAUCUUACAGUGAUGUGCGAUCGGUUUGCACCGAGGUCUUGAUGUCCUUUCCCUCAUGUGCCCUGGAGCUGCCAGCGCCGUCGGACCUCCAAGAUGCCAUCGAGCAGUCGGUGAAGCGCCUGCAGGGCGGCUCCAAGGUCGCGGUGACCCUGGCGUCCAAGGUCCAAUGGGCUGAUGUUGGCGGACUUCAAGAUGCCAAGGACGAGAUCAUCAACUGUAUCACGCUGCCUCUCUCCCAGGGAGACAUGUUUGCCGGGCAAAAGGUCCGCAGUGGAGUUCUCCUCUUUGGACCUCCGGGCACCGGGAAGACCUUAUUGGCGAAGGCGGUGGCCACCGAAUGCAAGGUUCACUUCUUGAGUGUGAAGGGACCCGAGCUCUUGUCGAUGUACAUCGGUGAAAGCGAGAAGAACGUGAGGUCGCUCUUCCAGAACGCCCGUGACCUGGCGCCCUGCGUCUUGUUCUUCGACGAGUUGGACUCCCUGGCGCCCGCGCGCGGCCGCGGCAGCGACUCGGGCGGCGUCAUGGACCGCGUGGUCUCGCAGCUGGUCACCGAGCUGGACACCAUGCCCGCCACGGUCUUCAUGGUGGGCGCCACGAACCGUCCGGACCUGUUGGACCGAUCCCUGCUGCGGCCGGGGCGCUUGGACCGGAUGGUCUACCUGGGCGUGGCCUCGGACAAGCGGCCCCUGCUGAAGGCGAUCUCCCGGAAGUUCGUCCUGGCGAGCGAGCGGGAAGGGUUGCUGGAGUGUGUGGCGGAGCAGUGCCCCACGAACUUGACAGGGGCCGAUGUCUCUGUGCUCUGUGCAGAUGCCUAUGCGAUCGCUCAAAGGGAGCACAUCGCGCAGCUGCACGAGUUGGCCGAGGGGCUGAAGGUGCAGAUCAGCAGCCUGCUGCUGUUUUUGGACGCUUGGGAGGUGCAUCUCUCAAGCUCUUCAGGGAAGACUCGGACCUUCCAGGGCCUAUGGACGGAGCAGAAGAUGUCAGCCCAGCUUGAGGUAGUGUUCCCAGCUUCCCGCGAUGCAUCGUCCAGUGCGAAGCCGAAGACCUCUGGCUUGGUGCUGUAUGGUAGCCAGCAGUGCGAGGCUUUUGUGCUGGCUCAUCAUACUGGCACUCUUGAUCGUAGUUUUCGUGACGUCAGUGCUGCGGUUGGGCUUCUCUUGAGCCAAGACUCUGCAGCAGACAUUGCGCAAAGAUGGCUUGCCACCUGUGAGGGUGUUGCGCUGAAGAUCAUGUCCUGCUUCAGCAUGUUGGAGGCGUUGCAAGUUCGUGUGGGCCAGAGGCAUUUCCAGGAAGCUCUCUCCAACCUCCAGCCUUCAGUGCCUAUGGAGGACUUGCAUCGCUAUGAGAAGUUACGGGGCGAAUACCAGAACACCAAAGCCUGA